AAACUAGUCAGCAUUUCAACACAUAGCGUGAAGGUUCCGAUCGAUUUGUAAAACAGAGGGAAAUGGAAUCGAGUGAUCAUUUGAACAAGUUCAAAGUCGGCUCAGUUCCGACGUUGUACUACAUACCGGACUUCAUCUCCGAUUCCGAUCAAAAACUACUCCUAAAUCAGAUUUACACAGCUCCGGUUUCGAAAUGGAAGUCUCUGAAAAACAGGAGAUUGCAAAAUUGGGGAGGGAUUGUCCAUGAAAAAGGUCUUUUGCCUCAAGAUUUACCACCAUGGCUGACAAAAAUUACAGAAAAAAUCAAGGAGGAAUUGUGUUUGUUUCCUUCUGCAAUCAAUCAUGUUCUCAUCAAUGAGUAUCUUCCCAAUCAAGGCAUAAUGCCCCACCAAGAUGGGCCCGCUUAUUUUCCGGUGGUGGCUAUUCUUUCAUUAGGAUCACCUGUUGUCAUGGACUUCACUCCUCAUUCAACUUUAGUAGACACUACAAGCAACAUUCAAGAAACCAGUCAUGGGAAUUUACAAAACUACCCUCCUUUCUCUAUUGCACUGAUGCCAUGCAGUUUAUUGGUAUUCAAAGAUACAGCAUACUCAGAUUACUUACAUGGUAUAAAAGAUUGUGAAAUUCAACAAUAUGAUGAGGCUGUGAAUGGUAGUGAGGUUGAAAUGCAUGGUGAGGAUUUGAAGGUGAUUCAUAGAUCUGCUACUAGGGUUUCGUUGACUUGUAGAGUUGUAUCUAAGGUUCAUAAGAAUUUGUUCAAGUUCUGAAACUACUUUGAUUAGUUUUUUCUUUUUUUAAUGUGAUUCGAGGUGGAAAAGGGUUGAUCUUGUAGGAAAUUGCUUGUUUUAGGUGAUCGAUAAUCAUAUUUUGUUGAUAUGUUUGCUAUUCAAUGUGCAUUAAUUUUAGUACCA